AUGGUGUUCGAGUCUGUGGUCGUGGACGUGUUGAACCGGUUCUUGGGGGACUAUGUGGUGAACCUGGACACGUCCCAGCUCUCUCUGGGCAUCUGGGGAGGAGCUGUAUCACUUAAGAAUCUCAAGAUAAAGGAAAAUGCCUUGAAUCAGUUGGAUGUACCUUUUAAAGUUAAAGCUGGUCAUAUAGGUAAUCUUGAUCUUGUAAUUCCCUGGAAAAAUCUUUAUACUCAACCAGUAGAAGCUGUAUUGGAAGAAAUUUAUUUACUUAUAGUGCCUUCUUCUAUAAUACGAUAUGAUCCUAUAAAAGAAGAAAAACAUAUGUUGGAAGCAAAACAACAAGAACUGAAAAGAAUAGAAGAAGCCAAACAAAAAGUAGCUGAUCAAGAGCAACCUAAGGAAGAGAAACAGGACACUUUUGUAGAAAAAUUAGUUACUCAGAUCAUUAAAAAUCUUCAAGUGAAAAUUUCCAGCAUCCACAUUCGCUAUGAAGAUGAUAUCACAGAUUGUGACAACCCAUUGUCAUUUGGUAUUUCCCUUCAAAAUCUCAGCUUGCAGACAACUGAUCAAGACUGGGUUCCGUGUUUACAUAAUGAAGCUGAAAAACUAGUUCGUAAGUUAGUUCGAUUGGAUAAUCUUUUUGCUUAUUGGAAUGUGAAGUCUCAGAUGUUUUAUUAUAAUGACUAUGAUGAAUCUUUGAACAAGUUGAAGAAGGGCAUUGUCAAUGAAAAUGUUAUUCCAGAAGGUUAUGAUUUUGUAUUCCGCCCUCUAUCUGCUAAUGCCAAACUUCAGAUGAAUCGCCGAUCAGAUUAUGACUUUUCUGAUCCUAAAAUAAACCUGGAUGUUGAGUUACAUGAUAUAGCCAUUGAAUUUAAUAAACCACAGUAUUUCAGUCUUAUGGAACUUCUUGAAUCUGUUGAUAGGAUGACACAGAACCUGCCAUAUAGGAAAUUCAAACCUGAUGUAUCUCUUCGCUUCCAUGCCAGGGAAUGGUGGGCUUAUGCUAUAAAUGCUGUUCUUGAAGUAAAAAUUCGUCCCAAGUUACGAGUGUGGUCGUGGGAAUAUAUUCGAGAUCAUAGGCAACAUGUAAAACAAUAUAAAGAUCUGUAUAAAAGAAAGAUAACAACAGUUAAGAAGCUGUCUGGUGACUGUCUUGUGUCUUUAGAGGAGUUGGAAAAGAUACUGGAUGUCUUUAAUAUAACAUUGACAAGACAACAGGCAGAAGUUGAGGCAAAGAAAGCUGGAUGUAAGGUUUACAGAGAAGGGGAAAGAGAUUCAGAGGCUCGCACGGGAUGGUUUGACUGGAUGUGGAGCUGGUCAGAAGGAGGUGUGAGUGAACAACAGCCCGAUGCUAAACCUGGAACUCUUGAAGAAAUGUUGACACUUGAAGAAAAAGCUAAACUCUAUGAAGCAAUCGGUUACAGUGAAACAGCAGGUGAUCCAACCUUGCCAAAAACAUUUGAAGCCAUGAAAUUUUUCGUUCAUUUGAAAAGUAUAUCUAUUGUUCUAAGAGAAAAUCACCAAAAACCAGAACUGUUAGAGAUUUUAUUAGAAGAGUUCAGUACUUUAAUUGUGCAAAGACCAGGAGCACAAGCAAUAAAAUUUGAAACCAAAAUAGACUCAUUUCGUGUUACUGGCUUACCAGAUAAUUUAACAAAACCUCGUCUCUUGUCUUCAGUGGAUGAUGCUACCUCACUUUUCCAAAUUAUUUUUGAGAUAAAUCCAUCAGAUGAAACUGUUGAUCAGAGGUGUAUCAUUGAAGCCGAACCUGUAGAAAUGCUGUAUGAUGCAAGGACAGUAAAUAGUAUAGUAGAAUUCUUCAGACCACCAAAAGAUGUACAUCUAACACAGCUAACUUCAGCAACUUUGACAAAACUUGAAGAAUUUCGUGAUAAGACAGCAACAGGUCUACUAUAUAUUAUUGAAACACAGAAAGUUCUUGAUCUCAAAAUUAAUUUGAAGUCAUCAUAUAUUAUUAUUCCACAAGAUGGAAUUUUCAGUCCUACAUCAAAUCUACUUCUUUUGGAUCUUGGUCAUCUAAAGGUAACAAGUAAAAAUCGUGUGGAGUUACCAGAUGUAAAACUGGGUGAAGUCAAUCUUGAAGAGAUAAUGCAUAGAGCUUACGACUCAUUUGAUGUUCAGCUUACAAGUGUGCAGCUGCUCUACAGCAGAGUUGGUGAUAAUUGGAAAGAAGCUCGAAAGCUCAAUGUGUCUACACAACAUAUUUUGGUACCUAUGCACUUCAAUGUUGAACUCUCGAAGGCCAUGGUUGUCACAGAUUUAAGGAUGCCCAAAUUCAAGAUUUUUGGCAAGUUACCUCUCAUUUCUUUACGAGUUUCAGAUAAAAAACUGCAAGGAAUUAUGGAAUUAGUUAAAAGCAUCCCAGCACCUAAAUAUGUACCUGAUGUUCCUGAUCCUGAAAAGUCCUUUCAGGUUCAAAGAUCCACUUCUUUUGGAACAACGCAGAUUUCACAGAAAGUGCUUUCUCUUUUGGAACUUCCACCCAUUAUUGAAGAGGAAUCAGAGGAGGAAUUUUUUGAUGCACCAUCUAGUCCAUUGGAAGAGCCUCUUCAAGUUCUGUCUAGAACUGAAUUUUACAUUCCUAAAAAGCCUUUAAAGGAGGAGAUUAAAAAAAAUAUGACUCAAUUUAGUAUAAGAUUUGAAGUACCAAAGGUUACAAUUCAGUUUUAUCAUCUUGUUGAAGAUUGUGAACUACCUGUGGUGGAAUUUGAUGUCUUGGGAUUUGGAACACAAAUUGAACUUAGAACAUUUGAUUUGAAAGCAAAUGCAUUUUUGAAAGAGUUCUGCUUAAAAUGCCCAGAAUAUUUGGAUGAUGAAAAGAAUCCAGUUUAUAUCAUUACAACGUUGGAUAAUGUAAUGGAAGAUCUGUUAACACUGGAAUAUGUGAAGGCAGAAAAUAAUGUACCAGACUUGAAGAAUUCUUACAACAAUGUUACUCAGCUGCUCAAGGUGAAUUUUUCUUCUUUGGAUAUUCAUUUACAUACUGAAGCACUUCUGAAUACCAUGAAAUAUUUUAAUGAUAUCCUUCCACAAUCAGAGGAAAAAUCUGCCUCUCUGUAUAUUUCAGAGAAUGAAGACAAAGGAGAUGUCAUUAAGAAAAUGCCUUCUAAACUAUGCAAGGAUGAAGAUAUUAUUACUUUGCAGGUUUUAGCAGAAUUAUCCUGUAUAAGGAUUUUUAUUCAAGAUCAGAAACGAAAUAUUUCUGAAAUUAGGAUUGAAGGUCUUGAUUCUGAAAUUAUUAUGAAACCUAUAGGAACUGAAAUAAAUGCAAAGUUAAGAAAUAUCGUCGUUUUGGAUUCUGAUGCUAUGGCUGUGUACAAGAAGGCUGUUUAUAUCACUGGAAAAGAAGUUUUUAGUUUCAAAAUAAUUUCUUACGUGGAUGCAACUGCUGGUGCUGCAUAUACAGAUAUGAAUGUGGCUGAUGUUCAUGUUAAUUUAACUGUUGGUUGCAUUGAAGUUGUUUUUGUCACAAAAUUUCUGUAUUCCAUAUUGGCUUUUAUAGACAACUUUCAAGCAGCCAAACAGGCCUUGACUGAGGCUACUGUUCAGGCAGCAGAAAUGGCUGCUACUGGAGUGAAAGAACUGGCAAAAAGGAGUUCUAGGAUGGCGCUGGACAUUAACAUCAAAGCCCCUGUUGUGGUCAUUCCACAGUCUCCGGUUUCGGAAAAUGUUUUUAUUGCUGACUUUGGACUCAUUACAAUGACUAAUACCUUUCAUAUGAUAACAGAGAGUCAGAGCAACCCUCCACCUGUUAUUGAUUUGAUAGCGAUAAAACUGAGUGAAAUGCGACUGUACAGGUCUCAAUAUAUUAAGGAUGAAUACAGAGACGAACUGGAUAUACUGUUGCCAUUAAAUCUGGAGGUGAUUGUUGAGCAAAAUUUAUCCUGGGAAUGGUACCAGGAAGUUCCUGGUUUUAAUAUAAAUGCUCAUCUCAAACCCAUGGAGUUUAUCCUUAGUCAAGAAGAUAUAACAACUAUUUUCAAAACAUUACACGGCAAUCUGUGGUAUGAAGAAGGUGACUAUUCCUCACCUGCUGUGACAAAAGACCAAUGUAUUGCUACUAAUGGAGUUACUAAUGCUUCAGACCAUUCAGGAGGAAAAACUGUGGUGACAGCUGCUGUGGUAGAAAUACAUUCACAUGCCUCACAAGUUAAGACAACGAUAAAUAUGAGUUUUCGGACAGACUAUCUCACCAUGGUAUUAUAUAGUCCGGGGCCUGAACAGACUUCCUUUACAGAUGUUCGUGAUUCUUCUCUGCAACUUGCUGAAUUUAGGUUGGAGAAUAUUAUAAGCACUUUAAAAAUGUGUACAGAUGAUUCUGUAUUUUCUUCUUUCUCACUAAAAAACUGUAUUUUGGAUGAUAAAAGGCCUCAUGUCAAGAAAGCAACUCCUAGAAUGAUAGGACUAACAGUUGGGUUUGACAAAAAAGACAUGAUGGAUGUCCGAUACAAGCGUGUCAGAGAUGGUUGGGUGACAGAUGUUGUUCUUCAAGAAAUGUACAUUUGUGCAAGUGUGGAGUUUUUAAUGACAGUUUUCAAUGUCUUUUUGGAGGCCUACAGCACAGGCAGUGCUGUAGAAAAGAGUAUUCAAGCUCAGUCUUCUAAGGAGCAGAUUCCUGUAGAAGAAUCAGGGAAAUGGGAAAUUAACAUGCUAAUUAAAAAUCCUGAAAUUGUGUUUGUGGCUGACAUGACAAGAAAUGAUGCCCCGGCCUUAGUACUUACGACACAGUGUGAAGUUUGUUGGAAAGGUGACCUUGAAAACAAUAAGAUGACUGCUGCUAUUAAAGAUCUCCAAGUGAGAGCAUGCCCAUUUCUUCUUGACAAGAGAAAAGGGAACAUCACUACUGUUUUGCAGCCUUGUGACUUGUUUUAUCAAACUACUCAGAUAGGUACAGAACCACAAGUGAUUGAUAUAUCAGUAAAAUCUCUGACAAUAAAGGUUUCACCAGUUAUCAUAAACACCUUGAUUACCAUAACUGCAGCACUUUCUACAACUAAGGAAGAUGUUCCAAAAGAAGCUACUGUUUCUGCAGCACAGUUGUGGGAAAUGAAGGAUACAAAGAAUUUGAAAAUGUGGUUCCUCGAAGAACCAAAUGAGAAUGAACACAUAGCUCCCACAACUGAAUUGGUACUCAAAGGCGAGAUGAUAAAAAUUAACAUUGAUUCUAUUUUUAUAGUUCUUGAAGCUGGAAUUGGUCAUAGAACAGUGCCUAUGCUUUUAGCAAAGUCAAGUUUUUCAGGGGAAGGCAAAAACUGGAGUUCCCUGAUAAAUCUUCAUUGUCAACUUGAGCUAGAAGUACAUUAUUACAAUGAGAUGUUUGGUGUAUGGGAGCCAUUGCUGGAACCCUUAGAAAUUGAUCAGACUGAGGAUUUUCGACCAUGGAAUCUUGGAUUCAAGAUGAAAAAAAAAGCAAAGAGAGCCAUUGUUGAAUCAGACACCGAAGAAGAAAACUACAAAGUGCCGGAGUAUAAAACUAUCUUCAGUUUUUAUUCAAAAGAUCAACUGAACAUUACAUUAUCCAAGUGUGGCCUUGUAAUGUUAAAUAAUUUAGUUAAGGCAUUUACAGAAGCUGCCACUGGAUCUGCUUCAAGUGUCUUCCUAAAGGAUCUAGCACCAUUUAUGAUUAUAAAUUCUCUUGGACUUACAAUCUCCGUUUCACCAAGUGAUUCCUUUAGUGUACUCGAUGUUCCAAUUGCAAAAUCAUAUACGUUGAAAAAUAAGGAGAGUUUAAAUAUGGAUUAUAUUCGAACUAAGGACAAUGAUCAUUUCAAUGCAAUGACCAGCCUAAGCAGCAAACAUUUCUUCAUUCUUCUUUCACCUGUUAACCACUCUACGGCUGAUAAGAUUCCUUUAACAAAAGUGGGACGACGUCUGUAUACUGUUAGACACAGAGAGUCUGGAGUGGAAAGAUCAAUUGUUUGUCAGGUUGAUGCAGUGGAAGGGAGUAAGAAGGUAACAGUUCGCUCCCCAGUGCAGAUUAGGAAUCAUUUUUCAGUCCCAUUGUCUGUUUAUGAAGGAGAUGUUUUAUUGGGAACUGCUUUACCUGAUGAUGAAUUCAACAUGCCAUUGGAAUCUUACCGAUCACUCCUUUUUCUGAUGCCUGAAGAUGAGGGCUAUCAAAUGUGUGAAGGAAUUGAAUUUGAAGAAAUUAUAAAAAACGAUGGACUGCUUCUAAGGAAGAAAUGUAUAAAUACAAACCCUUCCAAGAAACCGUUUAUUAUCAAUAUUGUCCCUGAAAAAGAUAAUUUGACAUCUCUUUCAGUGUAUUCAGAAGAUGGAUGGGAUUUACCGUACAUAAUCCAUUUAUGGCCACCAAUUCUGCUCCGAAACCUUCUUCCAUACAAAAUUGCUUAUUAUAUUGAGGGUAUUGAACAUAGGAUUUUUACUUUGAAUGAAGGAUGUUCAGCACAGAUUUGUACUGCAGAGUUGGACAAAGCCAAGCUACAUUUGAAAUUACUUGACUAUCUAAAUCAUGAUUGGAAAAGUGAAUAUCAAGUAAAACAUAACCAACAAGACAUUAGUUUCAUCAACUUUACCUGUGUUACAGAAAUAGAAAAGACUGACUUAGAUAUUGCCAUCCAUGUGACUUAUAAUACAGGCCAGGUGGUUGUGGCAUUUCAUAGUCCUUAUUGGAUGGUCAAUAAAACUGGCCGAUUGUUACAGUACAAAGCGGAUGGAAUUCAUCGAAAGCAUCCACCUAAUUAUACAAAGCCAGUUUUAUUUAGUUUUCAACCAAAACACUUUUUUAAUAACAAUAAGGUUCAACUUAUGGUGACUGAUAGUGAAUUGUCAGAUCAGUUUUCAAUUGAUACUGUUGGUAGUCAUGGAGCUGUGAAAUGUAAAGGUCCAAACAUGGAAUACCAAGUUGGUGUCACUAUAGACCUCAGCAGUUUCAACAUCACCAGAAUUGUGACAUUUACCCCUUUUUAUAUGAUUAAAAACAAAAGCAAAUGCCAUAUAUCAGUGGCUGAAGAGGGAAAUGAUAAAUGGAUCAGUCUUGAUUUGGAGCAGUGUAUCCCCUUUUGGCCAGAAGAUGCUUCUAACAAACUUCUCAUUCAAGUGGAAAAAAGCCAAGAUCCUCCCAAAAAGAUAUAUUUUAACAAGCAAGAAAAUUGUAUUUUAUUGCGUCUGGAUAAUGAGCUUGGAGGCAUUAUCGCAGAAGUUAAUUUGGCUGAGCAUUCUACAGUUAUUACAUUUUCUGAUUAUCAUGACGGGGCUGCUACAUUCUUGUUAAUCAAUCAUACGAAAGAUGAUUUUGUUGAAUAUAAGCAAAGUUCCCUUAGCCACAUAGAAGACACUCUCCCUCCAGGCAAAGCAGUGUUUUACACAUGGGCUGAUCCAGUGGGCUCUAAAAAACUCAAGUGGAGCUGUGGACGAAGCCAUGGGGAAGUAACACAGAAGGAUGAUAUGAUGACACCUAUAAGUGUGGGGAAAAAAACUAUUUAUUUAGUUUCAUUUUUUGAAGGCCUACAACGCAUUAUUUUAUUCACUGAAGAUCCAAGAGUAUUUAAAGUAACAUAUGAAAGCGAGAAAGCAGAGUUAGCAGAGCAAGAAAUUGUGUUGGCUUUACAAGAUGUUGGAAUUUCUCUUGUCAACAAUUACACAAAACAGGAAGUAGCUUAUAUUGGCAUUACAAGUUCUGAUGUUGUUUGGGAGACAAAGCCCAAAAAGAAAGCAAGAUGGAAGCCUAUGAGUAUAAAACAAACUGAGAAGUUGGAGAAAGAAUUUAAGGACUACACUGAAUCUUCGCCUUCAGAAGAUAGAAUUAUUGAGUUGGAUACUAAUAUUCCGGUUCGCUUAACACCUAGUGGUAGUAACAUGAAAAUUCUGCAACCACAAAUAAUAGCUCUACGGAGAAAUUAUCUUCCUGCAUUGAAGUUGGAAUAUUGCACAUCUGCACAUCAGUCAUCAUUUAGAGUUCAAAUUUACAGAAUACAGAUCCAAAACCAGAUACAUGGUGCUAUAUUCCCAUUUGUGUUUUAUCCUAUCAAACCUCCCAAGUCAGUAACUAUGGAUUCAGCACCGAAGCCAUUUACAGAUGUCAGUAUUGUAAUGAGAUCUGCAGGUCAUUCCCAAAUAUCACGUAUUAAGUAAUUGAUGUUCAAAGUGUUAAUACAAGAAAUGGACCUCAGAUUAGAUCUUGGGUUUGUGUACGCUUUAGCGGAACUUACAACAGAAGCUGAAGUUUCUGAAAAAACAGAGAUUGAACUUUUUCAGAAGGAUGUAGAAGUUUUUCAAGAAGAAUAUAAAACAGCUUCAUUAGUGGAUGCAUCGCAAGUCAGUCUUUAUGAGUACUUUCAUAUAUCUCCUAUCAAGUUACAUUUAAGUGUUUCCCUAAGUUCUGGUAGAGAAGAAAUUAAGGAUUCAAAACACCAUGGAGGCCUGAUUCCAGUUCAUUCAUUAAAUCUUCUGCUGAAGAGUAUUGGUGCCACUCUAACAGAUGUACAAGAUGUAGUUUUUAAACUUGCAUUUUUUGAACUCAACUAUCAGUUCCAUACGACACCUCAACUACAAUCUGAAGUAAUAAGACAUUAUUCAAAACAGGCCAUUAAGCAGAUGUAUGUACUCAUCCUUGGACUUGAAGUUUUGGGAAAUCCCUUUGGCUUAAUUAGAGAAUUUUCUGAAGGUGUAGAAGCAUUUUUUUAUGAACCUUAUCAGGGAGCCAUUCAAGGUCCUGAAGAGUUCGUGGAGGGAAUGGCACUGGGACUUAAGGCCCUAGUUGGAGGAGCUGUUGGUGGAUUGGCUGGUGCUGCCUCCAAAAUCACCAGUGCCAUGGCUAAAGGAGUAGCAGCUAUAACCAUGGAUGAAGACUACCAGCAGAAGAGAAGAGAAGCCAUGAAUAAGCAACCAACUGGUCUUCGAGAAGGCAUCACUCGUGGAGGAAAAGGUUUAGUCUCUGGUUUUGUAAGUGGCAUAACAGGAAUUGUGACCAAACCAAUCAAAGGGGCUCAGAAAGAAGGAGCAGCUGGCUUCUUUAAAGGUGUUGGGAAAGGUUUAGUUGGAGCAGUGGCAAGGCCAACAGGAGGCAUCAUAGAUAUGGCAAGCAGUACUUUUCAGGGAAUAAAAAGAGCUACAGAGUCUUCUGAUGACGUGGAGAGCUUGCGACCCCCUCGUUUCUUCAAUGAAGAUGGAGUUAUCAGACCUUACAGGUUGAGGGACGGUACUGGAAAUCAAAUGUUACAGGUCAUGGAAAAUGGAAGAUUUGCAAAAUAUAGAUACUUUACUCAUGUCAUGAUCAACAAAACAGAUAUGUUUAUGAUAACUAAGAGAGGAGUACUCUUUGUAACCAAAGGAACAUUUGGUCAGCUUACAUGUGAGUGGCAAUACACUUUUGAUGAGUUUACUAAAGAACCAUUCAUCAUUCAUGGGAGAAGACUGCGCAUUGAGGCCAAGGAACGAGUGAAGUCUGUAUUCCAUGCAAAAGAGUUUGGAAAAAUCAUUAACUUCAAGACCCCAGAGGAUGCUAGGUGGAUCCUAACAAAGCUGGAAGAAGCAAGAGAACCUUCCCCAAGCCUCUGA